AUGGCGGCCAACAUGGCAGUCAUUAAAAUAACGAACAAUGAAACAGCUUCGCAACAAGCUCAACAGGCUACAGUUCUCAUUCUUUCUAUGACGUUCAUAAUCUGUGACAUGUGGCCAGUACGAUGCAUUAGGUUCUUUUUUGUUUUCUUAAUUAUCUUGCUCGAUACACAACGAGUAUGCAGUGCUAUUACAAAUACAAAUUUCAACGAAAACAUCAGAAAAUAUUCAGUUAAAGAAGAUACUAACACAACGAAUGUUACAACAUUAAUGAAACAAGGAAAGGAACAGUACAGUCAUUUUCUGCCAAUACCAAAUCCAGCAACCUUUAAGACAAUCGCCGACAAUGAGCUGUCAAGUUCAAGCCAUAGUCGAGGUCUUUUGCAUCACGCCGACUACGGUGUUCAUGAUUACGAAGACAGUCCACAUCAGAUCUAUGAGUACCACAUUCAAGACACCACCGGUCACCAUGGAUUUCAUCACCCAGGCCCCAUCCAUGGGCACGGUGAUCACGGAAACUAUCAUCCCGAUUACUACGAUCAUCACCCACAUGGUCAUCACCCACAUGGUCAUCACCACAUUGGACAUCAUUAUAAACAUCACGAUCAUGAUUUGGCAGCGAAAACAUUGUUAUGGCCAAUAGCGGGAAUUGCACUUCUUGGGGCAGCAGCGGCACUGGUCACCAACCCUGUUCUACUUCAACUGGGUGUUGUAUCUGGUCGCAAGAAACGCGACACUGAAGAAAUAACCGGCCCAGAUGUAGACGUCAAUGAAUGGGCUAAAAAACCACAAAACACUAAAAAUCUAGAAGACCAAAACAAUAAGCAACUGCACUUGAGUAAAUUACCAAUGUUUACUAGAAUUCAGACAAAAAAUAGCAAAGAAAAAUUCGAAAAUAUCACUCCUACGAAAAUGACAUCAACGACCGCGGUCAAUUUAAGUUAUAAAAGACAAGUAAAGGAACCUAGGUACAUUCCAAUACCACUUAAAAUACCUAAAAUCUAA